CACACCCUUCCAUGGCUCUAGUCCGUCGGAUUGUUGCACCAACUAGGUGAUCAUGAAAGAAUAGAUCAUAUGAGCAUUGGUGAGUGGGCAAUCACUGCUGUGUGGAAGCAGCCCAGCACACAAGAUCCUCCACAGUGCUGAUGCAAUUGUGCUGCUUGGCAAAGCUUCACUGUACUGAUAACACCUUUGAGCUCUGCAGGAGCAGGGGGAUUUAUUGUGAGACUUACUCCCUCUGCCCACUUUGAGUAUAUCUAUGAAUAGAACAACUGUUGAUGUUUAUCCACAGAGACAAGUAUCAGAAACUCUGUUCCAUGAACUUUCCCCACACAUUUGAUUUCUUGGAAGAGGGGUUUGUGAAGAAGAGGAGUUGCACUCUUUUAACAUCUUAGCUUUAUUCUUACUGAGAUUUGUUAACUGUAUUUAUGUAAAUCAAGAAAAGGAGACAGCUUUGUUGUUGAUAUAUUUUGUGACUGUUGAGACAGGGCAGCCAAAUUCAUCUCCAAAUGCAUACCCAUUCUGAAUUUAUGUAUUCCAUAUGUGCAGUAUCAUGUUAUUACAAGCUUGAGUCUUGUGUUUUUCCAGCUUUAUUUAUUAUUAUUUUUACAGGGAGGGAAGAAUUACAGUAUACAUAUACGGAAACAAGUUCCAGAAUGUCCUGUUACACUCUAAAUGCAUCAAGAACAAUCGAAAACCAAGGACAGAAUGGGACUGACAGAGACGAAUACAUUGCCACAAUCUUGAACUAUGUUUCCUUUCCAUUUGUUAUUUUGGGACUGCUUGGCAAUGGGGCUAUUUUCCAGAUACUCUGCUGCAGGAUAAAAAAGACAAAGUAUACCGUGUAUGUACUGAACCUGGCCAUCGCUGAUUUUACAGUACUCUUUUGUUACAUCACAUUUUCUGUUUUAAGUUUAAUAAUAUGGAGAAGAUUUGCUUUUGAGGAGUUCCUCUAUGUUGUGCUUGAUCUCCUGUGGUUUUUUGGCUACAACAGUAGUUUUUUCCUGUUGACAGCCAUUAGUGUUGAGAGGUGUCUUGGUAUCUUCUGCCCCUUGUGGUAUCGUUUUAAUCGUCCAGAACAUCUCUCAGCUAUACUCUGUACUCUUUUAUGGGUUGUCUCCUGCUUGGUGACUGUAGUGGAAUAUUUUACUUGCUGGUCAGUAUUUUACUUCUCUAACGAAUGCUGUUACAGAAAGUAUAGUGCUGCCAGCAUAUUCCUUGUCACCAUUUCCCUGAUUUUUACUCCAAUCAUGAUUCUUUGCAGUUUGAUCGUAUUUAUCAAAGUGCAGAGAAGUUCACAGCCCUCCUCUUCAGCACGCUUUUACAUUACCAUUGUUGUCACCGUUUUGAUAUUUCUCAUCUUUGCUUUGCCAGGCAGGUUUGCAUGCCUGAUAGGGUACUGGCAUCCAGAACUGAAAUUAAUAUGGAAUGUCAUUCAGGUUUCUUUUUUCUUCAACAUGAUCAACUCCACUCUCAAUCCUUUUGUUUACUUUUUUGUUGGAAGGCAGAAAAGACUGAGAUUCCAGGAGCCCCUCUCUUUGGUGUUUCAGAGAUCAUGGAAAGAUAUGGCAUAAGAACACACUAACAACAAAUAAGAGACCUGAAAAUAUUUGAGUCUCAAAAUUAUUGGAAGUCUGACCAGUGUUUUAUUGAGGGAAGGCUUGCAGAUAUACAUCUGAUGGAAAGAUAUUUUAUGGUGUUCAGCUACUAGCUUUAAAAUUCUUGUCUUAAAUUUGCUUCACGAAGAGUUGCCAGUACUCUUGCAAACUUUCUGCAAGAAGGCAUGCUUAUCUUUUGCCCCCCUACAGCCUGAUUUUGUCCAUUGAUCAUGUUUUUUUCAUUUUGCAUUUAAGCAGGGGGAGGAGAAUUCCUUUAUAUAACUACAAACUCUAGAAAUUUUCCACAAACCCUAACACUACUAUCCACACAACAAUACUCUAGAGCCUUCUAGGUCUUGUCAUUUUCUAAAUCAGCCUAUCUUAAACAAGUAAUCAACACAACUCCUGUUGGAACAAAAAGCACAAAUGAAUAUUGUGGUGUAUUUCUCUUGGGCAGAGUAAAAUACUCUCUACUCAAUAAGAAAAGGGAUUAAAGACUGGCCACCUGGCCAAUUGGAGAAGGAUAUAGGCAGGGGUGCAGACUUUCCAAUUUCCUGGGGGGGCUGGGCCAGAGACAUUGCUAUGCUAGGUCCUUAAAAGAACCGGGGCCCAAUGACAUCAUAGGGAGGGGCCUCUACUAUCUAUGGAGGUGGGGCAAUGGGGGAUUUAGGGAGGGGCAUCCUACAAA